AUGAUGACUCGAGAUCCCGCGCGAUCGCCGCGCUGCAGCGUCGGAGUGGUGGCGGCGUCCGCGUUAGUAGCCGUUUUCCUGGGGUGCAGCUUCGUGACGUGGAUUCGUGACGUCAGCCAGGACAGCACGGUGCGGCGGAUGAUCGAGGCGCACGUGCGCGAGCAGCAGAGAGUGGCGACGCUGUACGAAGAUCACAUCGCAGCCGUGUACCCCCUCGUGUCCACCUUCUCCCAGCCCGCGCGCCGCAGCGCCCCCCCGCGGAGAGCGUGGGUGGAGCGCAUGGGGCACAGGGGCCCCGCGCGCGUAUGCCAGUACGCGGAGGCGGAGGUGCGCGCGGCGCUGGCGCGCCCGCACAGCUGCGGAGCGGGGGAAGCUCGGUAUUUCUAUGCGGGCGUGUGGAUGACGUGGGAGUUUCUAAGAUACGAGGUGUUGCGGGAGGGGGGCGGGGGGGAAGCGGAGGAGGGGAGCAGGGGGGCGCGGGGGAGAGGAGUGGAAGGGCGGGAGGAGAGUAGAGGGGAGGAGCAGAGGCGGAGGGGGUUGAGGGAGAAGGAGAGAGAGUGGGGAGGGGAGUGGGAGCGGGGGUGGGAGGGGGGCAGAGAAGGGCCUGGGGCGGAGGGGGGGGAUGGCGGAGCUGGCGGGGGAGGCGGGGAAGGGGGGGGGAACAGGGGAGGCGGAGAGGCGCUGGUGUGUGUGAUGGCAUGUUCAUACCGGGAGGCUCUUCAGUGCUCCAAGGGCCGGCCGUGCAUCCAUGCCUUCCACCUGAGACGAUCCGAGUCAGAUCUAGCCACGCUGCACCGGCUGUACGACGGAGACCCCCUGCCGGUGCUACAGCCGGAUCUGGGGGUGCGCACUGUGCUGGAUGCCGGGGCCGGUGCGGGCAUUCUCUCUGUGCUCCUCGCGUGCAUGUACCCCACCGCAGUCCUGGUAACCACUGAGGCGUCAGAGUCCGGGUUCCGCGCUCUCUCCCUCAACACCGCGCCCUACGACAAUGCCAUUGCGCUCAGAGCAGCUCUGUGGUCGCAUGUGACCAGCCUGGUGCUGCAGGCGGAUGGGGGACGGGCGAGAUUCAUUGAAGUGGAACAGAACGCUGCGGGUUCACUCCUCAACGCAUCCUCAGCAGCAGCAGUAACCGGCCUGUCCGGCUCCUUCCUGCUCCAAUUCCUCGGCCUACGCCGCUUCGACCUGGUCCGGAUCAACAUGGAAGGCAAUGCGCGAGUGCUACUCAACCUGCACGCUCCCCACGACUCCAUGUGGCUACUCGCCGGCCCCCGCCUCGUUGCCUUUGACUCUCGCCCAGAAAUCCUCGCUCUCACGCUCCCUGCCGACGCCUCCCCGUCCUCCUCCGCGUCUGUGGCACGGCCGCUGGUUGCGGCGUUUUACGGGGCGCAGUCCCCGCCGGCAUAUCAAGAGGUGAAGGAGGGCAUAGGAGCAGAGUACAUAGUGUUUCGGAGACGGGCUAGCAGCUGA